GUUAAUCGUGCUUUCUCAAAGUGAAAAACCAUUAACUUGGCACACAUAAGUGAGCCCUUACACUCAAGUGUUUCUGAAAAUAAAUUAAGUAUUGUAGUCCAUACCAGGGAUGCCUUUGCAGAUGGCUGGUAUAGGGGAUAGGGAUUGCCAGCUGAUCCCAUUGGAGUAACAUUGUGUAGCUCUAAUGAAAAGACACACCGUGUGUAGAGGUGGGUAGCCACUUACUGCAGUAAGGCAUCCUGAGUUUAGAUGCUUUUUACAUGCCAGAUGCGUGUGUACUUGCCAGUAUGAAAAAGUUGUUCUUUUGCUUUCCCCCCUUUCCAGAAUUCAGGAAUUGAAAAGGCAUUUUUGUUUGACGUAGUCAGUAAAAUCUACAUCGCCACAGACAGUUCUCCUGUGGACAUGCAAUCUUAUGAGCUGUGCUGUGACAUGAUAGAUGUGGUCAUAGAUGUUUCUUGUAUUUAUGGUCUAAAAGAAGAUGGCAGUGGAAGUGCCUAUGACAAAGAGUCAAUGGCAAUUAUUAAACUCAACAACACAACAGUCCUCUAUCUGAAGGAGGUAACAAAGUUUCUUGCACUGGUUUGCAUUCUAAGGGAAGAAAGUUUUGAACGCAAAGGUUUGAUUGAUUACAAUUUCCACUGUUUCCGCAAAGCCACCCAUGAAGUUUUUGAAGUUGGUGUGAACUCCCAAAGAAUAGGCAGCCUACAAGAAAUUACACCAAACCUGAAAGCAGUGACUCACAAUGGCACACCUAGGAAUGCAGUGUAGGAAGAAGUCAGACAGGCCUCUCUGUACCAACCCUGUCCUCAGUCCAAAGCCACAGACAGACGCAGCCUUUUGCAAGAGUGCAAACUAUUAAUGGAAGUACAAAUCUGUUAAAGUGGUGCUCAUUCAGUGAAACGAAGCACCAUGAAAACUGCUUUGGAUCAUUGUGAACUGUGUAACAAAAAAAAAAAAAAUAACUUUAAAGGCCUUACUACUGUAAAUCACUAUCUAAGGAGUCUAAGGAGUAUACCAUGUGCAGGUCAAACAGCAAAGACCCUUUCAUCUGAGAAUAAAUGACCGGUUCUGUUU